CUAUUAGCCUAAUGGCCCUAAUCUAAAGAGAGUAUUUCAUCAUCGAAACAACGUAUUAAAGGUUUAUAAAUUUAAAUGGAGGAGGAAAACCAAAAGCCGCAUCGAGUUUCACGUAAAGACCAGAGUGGAUCCCACUGGAGUCAAGGAGCCGAUGAAGAGCCGAGAGCCAGAUGCUCCGGAAAAAGGUGCCGGUCUUGGGCGGCAGCGGCGAUCGCUGACUGCGUGGCGCUCUGUUGUUGUCCCUGCGCCGUCGUGAACCUCUUUACUCUCGCCUUUGUGAAGGUCCCGUGGAUGAUAGGCCGGAAAUGUAUCGGUCGUGGUGGCCGGAGUAAGAAGCGGAGGAAGAAAAUCAACCGCGAGGAUCGUUUUCAUCACCACCACCACCACAGGAGGUCGGCCGAGAUGGUGAGCGGUGGAUGUUGCGGUGGCGGAGAUGGAGAGUUCGAUGACCACCGGUUUGUGGUGGAAAGAGAUGGGAGUUUGACAAAAGAGGAAGGGAAAACGGCGUCGUUAAAAGGAGAGGAAGAGACGAGAAUAAGUGCGAGAGUUGAAGCGGAAAGAGUCUGGUUGGAGUUGUAUCAGAUUGGACAUCUUGGCUUUGGUCGAGUCUCCUUCACUGGAAUUCAUCAGUGAUAAUAAUAGAUACUUUUAAUU